AUAUAAAUAUAUCAUGUGAUUUUAUUGCCUCCUAUUUCAAUAUAAAUUUUUACGAUUUUGCGAAGGAAAGAUCUAAAGACCGAGAUUAGAGAACGAAGCUUUAGUAUAACCAAAAAUAGGCCAUGAGCGAAAGUUUAGAACGAGAUAAAAAUGUAGGGCUUCUCGGUACCACACCAAUCUUGUGGAAUAAAAGGGUAAAGUCGAAGGAGAAGAGAAUCGGCACGAGUAAGAAAGAAAAGACUACACUCUACAGUAUGCGAGUGCGAGGGGGUGCUAGCGAGGGCGAGAGCGAGGGUGCGGGUGCAUGGACCUGCGCGCGAGCGACCGCCUGGAAUUCGCAGCAUUGGCUGCGCGAGGGCGCGUGGUGGAUCGAGGGUGUCAGUCAUAGACCAUCUGCUCAGCGACGAGCACAUCGAUGGUUGUAAUUAGGAUAAUCGUCGCCUGAUUGACGCAACGACACGCGAUCGUAACCGAGAGAAGUCACAAGGAGCACCAAAACCGUGCGAAAUCCUCGCGAACGGAACGGAACGAAACGGAAUCGAAUUGAACGGAAACGGAAACGGAAACGGCAGCGUCGUUUCAGAGGCGCGUAACCACCACGUCACAGCGAGGCAAAUGUUCCCGACGAGCUUUCGCGAGAUUUCGCCGCCGAGUAGUACAUCCAAGAAAAAUCGCCGCCAUCGCCGGCAGCAAUACGACACCGGCAUUAUUGUCAAUGCACUUCCGGUACUAUCAAUCGGACCGUCGCGAUGAAGUAAGCAUUAUCGUUGACUCAUUAGUUUCAACGACGAUGCAGUUCACAACCGUUGAUUUUAUCCGCAUUCAAGCUCUUAAAACGUAAUCGAUAGUGUUCAGCAUCCGUCGCGUGUCGUCCAGGUCAACCGAUUUGAACGCUCCGUUUAAACGAAAGACACCGGAAGCGGGAGUACCUGCAGUCGAGAAUAGAGAUACGUUAAAGGGAAUAGAUCGGGGUCGAGAGACAAGGGUUGCGACGACGACGACGAUGACGAUACGGGACGGUAGUUAAGCGAUAACGACAAGAGGAUCCUGAUAAAACAAAUAUAGUGUGAUCACGACGCGACGUUAUAGCGUUGGUAGCUUUCGCAUAAAUUACCAUACGUAUAUAUACAGGUAAAUGCAUACGAGCGCACAAGUAUACAAGCGAAACGAGCAAAUAUACGUUUAAAUAUUGUGAUACGCAUAACUAUAAGCACGCGCACGCAGGCGUGCCGAUCGACAAGCAAUAAGAGCAAUAAAAAGAUAUUAUAUCGUGUUAUACUCUACUCGGAUCGGUGAUUCCUGUUACACUGUGUUCGAAAGAAGCUCGUUAGUCGCUAAACCCGAUCGACCGGGUUUACCCUUUAUUUUAC